AUGCCUAUGAUGACCGGUGCGUUGACUUACCACGCCGGGAACAGUGCCAACUCGCAUCCCCAAGAAGAUCUCAACACUUCCCCAGGGCACAACUGGAGCAGUACCACUCCCUGCUUCAACAGCAUCGUUUCCAACGAUGCGUUCUGUGUCUUCACAAACACUUCCUACGCCAAUGACGAAGGAAUCACUUUCAUCACCACCGCUCAACGAGCCGCUUACCUUACUUCCCUUUUAUCCUUCACUCCGCGUUCGAAUAUUACAUCCAGCCCUGCAAAAUACACCAUCAGCUCCAUUCCCGGUAAAGGCCUGGGUCUCAUAGCCAGCACCCGCAUCCCUCGCGGUUCUGUGAUACUCUCCUCACACCCGACUCUCAUGAUCGACUACCGCGUCUUCGACGAACUGCUGCGCACCGAUUACAUCUCACUCCAAGCGGCCGCCAUCUCCUCUCUCCCACCGGCCCACCGCUCGGCCUUUUUCGACCUCUCGACGCAAUCGAAGAAUGCCAGCGUCACCGGUGGUCUUUCGCGCAUAGCCCUGACGGAUACCAUUAUAACCACUAACGCUUUUGACAUCCCCGCACCUCCACUUCGGCCUCCUUCUCCUCACUCCUCUCCUCCUCACGACCAAAUCGACCCUACCGAUACCCUCUGGUACACAGUCUUCGCCUCCUCCAUCUCCCGCCUCAACCACGACUGCCGCCCCAAUGCCGAUUACCGAUUUGACUGGAACAGCAGCAAAGGAGGGCCAGGCCUGGUUCAAGUGAUAACUGCCGUGAAAGACAUCCUCCCCGGGGAGGAAAUCACCAUCUCUUACAUCAACCCACUUAGAUCCCGUAAGGCGCGGCAGAAACUCCUGAGUACGGCGUGGGGGUUUGAGUGCUCUUGUGAGCUUUGCUCACGGUCGGGGGGAAGGGUGGAGGAGGCGGAUCAGAGGGUGAGAUUGAUCAGGAAAGUUCGGAGACUGUUGAAGGAAGAACAAGAUGGGGGAAGUAAAGCAGGAAGGGGAGAGGAGGGGGAAGGGUGGAAGAUGGGGAGUAGAGGGCAAGGGGAAGGGGAUGAUAGAACAAAAGCGGCAGAGUUGUUAGUGAGUUUGUAUGAAAUGGAAGGGUUAUGGGGGACGGUUCAUGAGGCGUAUGCAUUGGCGGCGAGGGAGUAUAGUAACGCGGGAGAGACGUGGAUGGUGAUGAAGUGGGCGGCAUUGGCGGUAGAGUUUGGGAUGAUGGUGUUGGGAGAAGGGGAUGAGGCGCUUAGGGAGAUGAAAGGGUUGGCAAGGAAUCCCUGGGGCCAUGGGGCUUGGAGUAGUCGAAACAAGAGCGAAGGUUAUGGGGAGGGAGAUGAGAAAGGUUGGUGA